UCGCAGUUCUCUCAGUUUAUGAAUGUCACGCGGGGCGCAUACCCUUCGCAGCACGGAGAUGGCACGAUGACCCUGAUAAAGAACAGGCCUGGCUUGAAGCAGGACCUGAAGCAUAUCAAGAAGAAGGAUGUCAAGACCAUCAUCAAGCUGGUCAAAGCCAAGGUCAAGGGGGAGCUCAAUGACGACAAGACCAUGCUGAUGGAGCAAGUCAUCCAGCUCGUGGCCGGAUUGCCUCACCACUCGAAGCUGCGGGACACCCUGACCAACAACCUCAUUGGCGAGCUGUGGAACACACUGGAGCACCCGCCUCUACUCUACCUCGGUGAGAAGUUCCAAUACAGGCAGGCUGAUGGCUCCUGGAACAACCCAAAGGACCCGUUUCAAGGUGCUGCUGGUACGCCGUACGCGCGCACCUGCCGGCCCAGCCUCGUCCACCCGGGUGCGCUUCCUGAUCCAGGCCUCAUUUUCGAGGCUGUAAUGAAGAAGCGCAGCCACAGAAGCCACCCCAACAACGUCUCGUCGGUGCUUUGGUACUGGGCCACAAUCAUCAUCCACGACCUGUUCUGGACCGACUACAGAAACCAGGAAAUGAACAAGGCAGACUCGUACUUGGACUUGGCUCCCUUGUAUGGCCACAACCAGGAGAUGCAGGACUCGAUCCGGACAUUCAAGGACGGCAUGAUGAAGCCCGACACGUUCGCAGACAAGCGCAUGUUGGGCAUGCCGCCUGCUUGCAGCAUCAUCCUGAUCAUGUUCAACCGUUACCACAACUACAUUGCCAAGAAUCUCGCUCUGAUCAACGAGAAUGGGCGGUUCACCCCUCCCUCGCCAGAUCUCCCGGAGGACAAGGCCGCCGCUGCGUGGAAGAAGUACGACAAUGACCUUUUCCAGACUGCUCGUCUUGUUACUUCGGGACUGUACAUCAACAUCACCCUUGUGGAUUACGUGCGCAACAUUGUCAACCUCAACCGCAGCAACACGACGUGGACACUCGACCCGCGGCAGGAGAUGGGUGUCAACCAGGGCACCAAGGACUUGGUCGCCGCCGGCACGGGCAGUGCCGUCUCCGCCGAGUUCAACCUCUGCUACCGCUGGCACUCGUGCAUCUCGGCCAAGGACGACAAGUGGGUACAGGACUUUUACCGCGAGAUCUUCAACAAGGAUCCCCUUACGGUCACCGAGAGGGACAUGAUGAUGGGCUUUAUGAAGUUUGAGAAGUCCAUCCCCGACGAGCCGGCGGAGCGAGUCUUUGGCGGAUUCAAGCGCACCGAGAGCGGGGCGUUCCUCGACGACGAUCUGGUCAACUGCAUCUCGGAUGCCAUUGAGGACUGUGCCGGCGCCUUUGGCGGCCGCAACGUGCCCGAGGCCAUGAAGCCCGUCGAGAUUCUCGGUAUCCUGCAGGGCCGCCGCUGGAACGUGGCCGGCCUCAACGAGUUCCGCAAGCACUUUGGCCUCAAGCCGUUUGAGACGUUUGAGGAGAUCAACUCUGACCCCGAGAUUGCUGACUCGCUGCGCCACCUGUACGAGCACCCCGACCUUGUCGAGCUGUAUCCUGGUCUCGUCGCCGAGGAGGCCAAGGAGCCGAUGGUCCCCGGUGUCGGUAUUGCUCCCACCUACACCAUUUCCCGCGUCAUCCUUUCCGACGCCGUUUGCCUGACCCGAGGCGACCGCUUCUACACCACGGACUACAGCCCCAAGUUCCUCACCAACUGGGGAUUCAACGAGGCGUCCUAUGAUCUUGACCUCAACCAGGGUUGCGUCUUCUACAAGCUCUUCAUUCGGGCUUUCCCGAAUCACUUCAAGCGGGACUCUGCAUACGCACACUACCCCAUGUGCGUCCCGAGCGAAACCCAGAAGAUCCUCACCAAUCUCGGCAGAGUCAAGCACUUCAGCUUCGACCGCCCGGCCUACCAUCCGCCGUCGGUCAACAUCAACAGCUUCGCUGGUGCCAAGCACGUUGUCAGCAACCCGACCAAGUAUGGCGAGAAUGUCCAGGAGGGUCUCGCUGCCAUGCUCGCCACUCUGGGCACAGGCAAGGAAACCCCCGUGCAGCCGCGCAGCGACAACAACAAGCCGGGUCAGCUCUUCAAGCCCGAGUGGGCACCGGCAGUCAAGUCGCUGUACGCGCAGAUCAUGGCGGCUCUGCUGAAAGAGAAGAGUUACAAUCUGGCCGGCGCCAGCUUUGUCGACAUUGUGCGGGACGUUGGAAACCUCGCGCCCACGCGCUUUGCGGCCGAGCUCUUCGGCCUGCCUCUGCAGACCAAGGAAAAGCCAAAGGGCGUCUUCACUGACGACGAGCUGUAUAUGGCCUUGGCCACCAUCCACAUGAGCCUCAGCCACGACCACGAUCCGGUCAAGUCGUUCCCGCGCAGACAGGCCGCCGCCGCCCUCGCGCACCAGCUCGGCACGCUGCUGGAGGCGAGCGUCAAGAAGGCCGGCGGGGGCCUCUUUGGCGGCAAGCCCAAGGCCGGCAGCAUCUCCGCAUACGGCGCCGAGAUGAUCAAGACUCUGUCCCAGUCCGGCCUCAGCAGCCGCGACAUUGCAUGGAGCCACCUCCUCCCCGCGGUCGCGUCGGUGGUGCCCACCAUUGCCGAGAUGUUUGCCCAGGGCCUCGACUUCUACCUCACCCCCGAGGGCACCAAGCACAUCUUUGAGCUGCAGCGCAUCGCCGGCCUCGCGUCGAGCCCCGAGACCGACGCCCUGCUGCUCGGCUACUGCCUCGAGGGCGUCCGCCUCAGCGGGGGGUUCGUGACCUCCCGCGCGGCCCUGGCGCCCGACACCAUCACCGAGGACGACGGCACGCAGGUCCGCGUCCACGCCGGCGAGCGCGUCUUUGUCAACUUCGCGUCCAAGGACGCGGCGCACUUCCCCGAGCCCGCGGCCGUGAACCCCCGCCGCCCGGCCGAGUCGUACGUCUUCCUGUCCGCCAUGACGGGGUCGUUCACGGACCGGGGGCUCGUCGAGGCCGGCGUCACCGAGAUGUUCCGCGGCGUGUUCCGCCUCAAGAACGUCCGUCGUGCUCCCGGCCCGCAGGGCGAGCUCAAGAAGGUGCGCCAGCAGGAGACCAACACCCGGGCCGAUGGUGCGGUCGUGUAUCUCCGCGAGGACCGGGGUGCGUAUGUCCCGUUCCCCUGCACCAUGCGCGUGUGCUAUGAUGAGUAAGAGGACGGAUUUCAGAGGUUCAGAGGUUCAGAGGUUCAGGAGUUGAGAAACGUGCAACUAUGAAAGUCCUGGUUGUUUUUGGUUAAUUAUAUCCUCUCAGUAACGUAAUAUGCCUUGUUUCAAUGGAAUGCCUGACUUUGUCCGUAUCAUGGUGAAAGGAAAUGCGAGGUUUGCGCGUGUUGCGAGAAGUUGAAACGAUCGGAGUACCGCAGUUUGAAGUACAACCGGCGCGCUUCGG